AUGUCAGUUUUGGAUGUUGGGUUUUUUUUCAGUAUUUUUUUUUCGGAAGUUUGUCAAGCCCUGCACUCUUAUGUGAAGAUUAAUGUUUUACAGAUGGACUCUGGAAAAUCACCUCUUGCAAUGCUUGCUAAAACAUGCGAAACGAUUGGUCUCCCUGACACAUCGCAUCGAAAAUCCACCAAAGAUAGUGAUAAAUCUAAGGAACUAACUAGUCCAAGUAGUAGUAAUGCAUCUGGUGAACAUAAGAAAGACGAACAUAGUCCGUCAUCGAAAAACAAGAAGGAAGGAUCGAAAAGUCCUCGACAUGCAGCGCAUAGUCCACCAAGUGGCAGAAAGACUCCAAUAAGUUCUGAACCAUCAACCAGUAGUGCUGCCGCUUCUUUACCUGCAAACUUAAUGUUAAAUGCUCGGGGUUGUUUCCCUAUGAGUUUUUCACCUUUAGCAACAACUUUUCCCACAUUUCCUUAUCCGUCGCUAAUUCCUGGUUUCCCCGCUGUACCUAAUUUUGCAACUGCUGGAGCUUUUGGCGGUGGAACACCAAAUCCAUUUUUGAGAUGUCCAGAUCCACUUACAUGCAAAGGAUGUCCAGCUACUUUGAUGACAAGGCCAUGUGUAACGCCAGGUUGCACAAGUUGCACUAUGCACAGCGCUACUGCUGCUAAUACACCUGCUGAUUUGAUGAUGGCUUUUCCACCAUCUUUUUUUGCUGCUGCAUAUAGUCCACUUCUCUCGAGCUCAAUUCCACCAACAUCAAGUUCAGCAGCUCAAUUUGCUUAUCAAAAUUUGAUGGCUGCAGCAUCAGGACAGUCAACUAAACAUGUAUGCAACUGGAUUGAUUCAGCAAAUGGUGUUUGUGGGAAGUCAUUUCCAACUGCUGAUGAACUUGCCGCACACAUGAAGCUGGCUCAUGUCCCAUCAACGACUUCCAAUAACAAUAUUGAUCUGAAAGCAAGCAGCUCACCACGUACAUCUACUACUACUACUUCACUCAUUAAUCAUGCAGCAGCCGCUUCACUUCGUUAUCACCCUUAUAUGAAACCAAGUGGAUUGAUACCUGCUGUACCAAGUCCACUCGGAAUGCCUUCAUUUCAAACAAUGACUGGUUUUCCUUCAGCAGCUGCUUUACAGGCCAUGUAUACCCAGCGUUUGAUGGCCACAAUGCCUCAUCCGUAG